AUGUCUAGUGCCAACGGCGACAAGUCGGCCCCGCGCCCUCCCCCCCAAGGCUCGAAGCCGCAAACAGCGCCGACCUACUCGCUGCCACCUCAUCCGUCGACCACCAACUCACAUCGCCAACAGAGUCCUGCAUCGCAAGCAGCUGCAUCAACACUCGCUGCACUGGCAUCGAGUCCGCCCAACUCAUCGUCUGCUCCAUCCCCGCGUCCACAGAAUGCUGAACCGUCAUCCUCGUCCUCAUCCACCUCGUACAACGCAAGACCCAACGCUGCUUCCAUCUUAAACCAGAGUCUGUACUCAAAUUCAGCCUCUACAACAUCCAAACCUGGCAACGCUGCUUCGGCUAGCAGGUCACCAUCGCCCCUCAAGAAGCAAGUCGACAUGAGCACCAAGUCGACUCCCGCAUCCUCUUCCGUCGCAACGCCCACAAAGGCCGCACCUUCGUCAACGACAGGCACACCCCCGUCGUCAUCAGCGUCCAAGGAGACCAGUUCCAGCAAACGCAAAAAGGCGAAUCGGGCGUGUCUGCAUUGCCAGAAAGCACACUUGACCUGCGACGAUUCGCGGCCGUGCGUGCGCUGUGUCAAAAAGGGUCUCGCCGAAUCGUGCAUGGAUGGACACCGCAAGAAAGCCAAGUACCUGCUCGACGACGACGAGCUGGAGGAGCUCAAGCGGCAGAAGGACGCCAAAAAGGCGGCAAAGCAAGCUACGCAGAACAAGAACGCUCCCAGUCCGCAGCGUGCACAACCGCAAGCAUCCCAGCCGACUUCGGCCAAGACAACACCGCAGGGCUCAGCUCCGUCUCCGGACAAGGCGUCGGCAGUCAACAACAUCCUCGAUCAGGUCACUGGCAGCAUAGCGACGCCGAGUUCUUCUGGUCAUGGACCUUCGCCACACGCGCACGACUACCUCUCGAGCCAUACGUUCGAUUCUUCCAACGGCGCUGACGACGUCGCACAACCGAAUAACAAUGGAGGUGCUCCGCCGUUCGAUCUUCCUUUCGAUCCGACGACGCACAACUUUGGCAGCGAGGCGACGAGUCUAGAAUACUCAAUCCUGUCUUCCAUGUUGAAUGGCACGGAUCUACAGCUGCUGGGACCUUCGGGAGCGAGUCCGGAUUUCCAGACAUCGCCAGCGGUUGGCGUGAUGGACGGCUGGAACAUCGCCAGUGGCGGAUUGGAUGCCUUGUUGAAUAUGGGUAUGCAGCAGGACCAGAUCCCCGGAGCAGGCGGCAUCGAUACAGCGGCAGCUACCUACAGCGACACGGCAGGGAUGGGUGCCUAUGCAGAACCACAAGCGACUACAGGACUGCAAGAUGUCGGUGGAGAUGGUGCUUUCAACGCGCUCGAGGUGCCGAGUCCCAAGCCGACUAUGAUGGAGCAGCCCAACCCGCUUCCCAGCAGAGAUGAUGCGCAGCAGGCGGGCAGCAACAACCAAGUCGACCUUGGGUCGUCCUCUCAACGAUCCACAUCCAACGAACCUCUUGCAGCAGAUAUCAACCGGGCCAUCGCAUCUCGUCGAGUGGCGCGUCAGCAGCAAGACACGAUCUGGCGAGCAAGGAUCGCGAAAACCUACCGCGACAACACCGCUCCCUUCCCCUACCCGGAAGGCUAUCACUUCCUCAUCAAGUACGUCACCUCGAAGUUCGAAAAGCAGGAUGUGCUGCGCAUCGUUCGCGCCCUAGCCAUCUUCCGACCUUCCUUGAUCGCGCUGCAGAUGCCGCUGACGGAAGAAGACGAGAUCUUUGUCGAGCGGUCCUUCCAGCGAACCAUGUUGGAGUUUGAGAAGCUGAUCAGUUUCAGCGGUACGCCGACGGUGGUGUGGCGCAGGACGUGCGAGAUCUGCGUGGUGGGUGCAGAGUUUUGCAUGCUGACGCAGUGGUCCAAGGACCAGCUGAUGGGGAGGAGGAUCUACGAGUUUAUGGACAAGAACUCUACCUUGGAUUAUUGGGAAAACUUUGCACAGCAUGCGUUCGAGAACACGACGCAGAGCGUCAUGACGACGUGCACGUUGGUGAAACCGGAUGGCAAGCUGGUACCGUGUGCGUGGAGUUUCACGAUCAAGAGGGAUAUCUUUGAUUUGCCAAGCUUGGUUGUGGGCAACUUUUUGCCGAUCUUGUCGUAG